GUUUGCAUUGGUGAUAGCCCUGUCCCAAAUCAGCAGGCAGUUGGAACCAGUGGAGUAUUUUCAUACUAGGAAGUAAGGAAGGAAUAAAUAGUAGACUUACUUCUUUGUUUACUGUGGAAUUCAGUAUUUCUUUGAGACGAGGAUAUUAAUUUGUAGUUGUUACUGAACGACUUGAGACAAAUAAACAUGUUUGUAUUUAAAUAUAAAAAUCAAACUUAAUGAGUGAUGCAGCGGACGGAUCCCUGCCGCUGUAAACAGUCCUACAAGGAGCCUGCAAAGAUGCCUUUUCUCUCUAUACACUUGCUUCAGCAUCAGAUGCCUUAGCUGAGUAUUCACCCCCAUAAUGCAAAGGCUACCAGACAGUGCCCUGAGUGUUCUUACCUUCUCACCAAGGGAAGCUUCUUUAGCACAGAGUUAUUCUGUCUCUGGUAUUUUUGCUUCUAGCCGGUUUAACCCUUCGUGGAGUCAGGCCUUCCUUGUCUCUCUGACCAUCCUUUGAUCACAAAUUGCCAUUUCUGAGUUCCCCUUCAGUAUCUACUGUCCUUUAUCCUGUAAGCUGCUUGAGGAUGCAUGUGAUUAAAAGUGCUUGUGUUCUCUGUGGACGGACAGAUAACUGCCCUGAAAAGUAUGGAGAAAAAAGGACCUAUGUAGAAUAUAAUCUCACUGUUCAUAAUUACUGUUUGUUGAUGUCAAGUGGCAUUUGGCAGAGGGGGGAAGAAGAUGAAGGUAUAGAUGGAUUUUUGAUCGAAGAUAUUAGGAAAGAAGUUAACAGAGCUGCAAGACUGGUGUGUAAUAUCUGCAGGAAAAAGGGUGCUUCAAUUGGAUGUGUGGCUCCCAAAUGUAAGCGAAGUUACCAUUUUCCUUGUGGGUUACAAAAGGAAUGUGUUUUUCAGUUCAUGGAAGACUUCAGAUCUUACUGUUGGGAACAUAAACCAGUUCAAAUCUUUUCGGAUAAAGAAUCGAGAGAACCUUCACAGUGUACAAUAUGCCUGGAUUUGGUUGAACAUCUUCCACUGUACAGUGUGUUGAGAAGUCCUUGUUGUAAAAAUACUUGGUUUCAUCGAGAAUGCUUGCAGUAUCAAGCUUUGAGUGCUGGGAUAUUUUUCUUUAGGUGUGCAGUAUGUAAUAACAAGGAUAAAUUUCAGAAAGAAAUGUUGAGAAUGGGCAUACACAUUCCAGAGAAGGAUGCAUCUUGGGAACUUGAGGACAAUGCUUAUCAAGACCUACUGCAGUGUUAUCAGCACUGUGACAUUAGAAGAUGUCUCUGCAAGAAUGGAAGAGACUAUAACAAACCUGAUAGUAAGUGGGAAAUAAAGCGUUGUCAGUCUUGUGGUUCCCGUGGAACUCACUUGGCCUGUUCAUCCAUUAAAUCAUGGGAGCAAAACUGGGACUGUGUGGAAUGCAGAAGCAUCUUUGCAAAAGGGAAAUACAGCAAAGGGAAAAAGCAUUCUUUGGCUCCCUCAGAAAAGAUGGAUGGGACAGCUUGUUUGCUGGAAGAGCCAUCUCCAAAGCUCCCUCGGCAGUCACCUGGAUCUCAACACAACCGUCUUCUCCAAUCACCAAAGAUAAUGUGCCAGAACCACUUGUCACCCUGCUCACUCCUAGAACUUCCAACAUCCAAUAGAGUGGCAAUGUCCUUAUCUCCACUGAUGUCAAACAGGAACCGCUCCCUAAGGAAAAAGCAUUUAAGAGUGCAAAGAAAGGAAGCUUCUAAUGUACUGAAGGAGUUAAAGCAUCAAAUUAAUACAAAAACUACAAGGCUUAACAUCAAUACAGAAAAUGUCUGGAAGAGUGCUUUAAAAGGAUUUAGACAGCGUAACUUCAGACCUACAAACACCAUUGAAGUGAAGUUCACAAACUGCAAAAACAGUAUAAAAGCAGAUUCUUUUACUAGCUCAAAACAUCUUUUCUUCCAGCUACUAAUGCUUCAUAUUCAGAAUUCAUCAUUGUUUGAGGGCUCUUCUGCAAAGAACUUGUCGGUUGACCCUCAAGCUCUAAAAGAGAACCUGUAUUUUGAAGCUGGCAAAAUGAUUGCAGUUUCUCUAGUUCAUGGUGGCCCAUCUCCUGGUUUCUUUUCCAAAGUAUUGUUUGAUUGUCUUGUCUAUGGUCCAGAGAAUGUGAAGCCAAACUUGGAUGAUGUUGCUGAUGCUGGUGUAGCACAGACAAUAAAUAAGAUAAAAUAUUCAGAGACUCUGUCCAGCCUACAGUCAACCAUGCAUGACUGCCAUGACUUCCUUGCUGCUGCUGGAUGUUUAAGACCUAUAACAGCUUUGCAUGAUAAGGAUAUGCUUGUGAAUGACUUACUGAUACAUCAUGUAAUCAAGAGAAUUACUUCACCUUUGGAAAGUUUUAGGCAAGGUUUGAAAACUCUUGGUGUGCUAGAGAAAAUGGAAAUGCAUCCGGAUGCUUUUUCUAGCUUAUUUUGCCACAAACCUGAAAACCUUUCUGCAGAAGCUCUCUGUGAUCUCUUUACAAUCCAUCACUCACCAGAUGUAAACGAAAUUGGAGGUGCUGAUUUUUGGAUGGGUUAUUUGCAAGAUGUGGAAAGUGGUGAGUCUGUAGUGACAUUACAGGAUAUUCUAUUCUUCGUAACUGGUUGUUCUUCUAUACCGCCUAUUGGUUUUGAUCCUGAACCUACUAUUAAAUUUCUGCCUGUACAUUAUCCCGUUGGAAACAGACUCUUAAAUUGCUUAGAACUCCCAAUAACAAGGACAUAUGAGAAUUUUAAAAAUAAAAUGGAACUCACUAUCAGAAACACAUUAAGAGGCGAGAGAGAAUAAAUAUUUUUGCUACUAAACCAAUCAUUGGAAACUUCAGCUUUCUGUGGGAGUGUCUGCUGGCAAGAUGCCUUCAUGUUUUGAUGGUAUGCUGUCUUUUACCAUUUGUCCUCCAAAGAUAUGCUGAAAGAAGUACUAAUCUUGUAAAAUGGAAAACUGUUUUCAGAUACAAGUCAGUUGGUUUGGGUGUUGUUGUUUUUCAAUCAUUUCCUUAAUUAGAAAUUGGUUUUUCCAGCCAGCAGUCUUAUUUAGAAUGGGUAUUUUUGUUCUAGACAUACAUGGGAUGUUACCAAAUUCUGGAGCAUUUUAGCAAUUUCCUAAAAGUAAAUGGAUUGUAUACACACACUUUUCUUUCAGUCAAAGCAGUUGUUUUUUUUUUUUUUUAAAGGUAACUGCUGUAGAGCUUUGUCUUGAGUAAAACUGAGUGCUUCA